AUGGUGAUAGGAAUCAAACUUCACUGCUGUUCUGAAUGUGGCAAACAGUUUUCAAAGAGAAGCCGUCUUCUACGCCACCAAGUUAUUCACUCAGGAGAGAAGCCAUACGACUGUGCUGAAUGUGGUAAAAAGUUUUCAGAACGAGGCGUUCUUCAGCGCCACAAAAUAAUUCACACAGGAGAGAAGCCAUAUUGCUGUUCUAAAUGUGGUAAAAGCUUUUCACGGAGAAGCAGUCUUCAGAGCCAUCAAAGAAUUCACACAGGGGAGAAGCCAUAUUGCUGCUCUGAAUGUGGUAAACUAUUCUCUAAGAGUAGUACUUUUCAGAUGCACAUUAAAACUCACUCAGGAGAGAAGCCGUAUUGCUGCUCUGAAUGUGGUAAACAGUUUUUAAAGAGAAGCCAUCUUCAGAUUCACCAAAGAAUCCACACAGGGGAGAAGCCAUAUGCCUGUUCUGAAUGUGGUAAACAGUUUUCAGAUAGAAGCAGUUUUCAGAACCACCAAAGAAUCCACACAGGGGAGAAGCCAUAUGCCUGUUCUGAAUGUGGUAAACAGUUUUCAAAGAGAAGCAGUUUACGCCACAAAAUAAUUCACACAAGGGAGAAGCCAUAUUACUGCUCUGAAUGUGGAAAACUAUUCUCUAAUGGUAGUAAUUUUCAGAUACACAUUAAAACUCACUCAGGAGAGAAGCCGUAUUGCUGCUCUGAAUGUGGUAAAAAGUUUACACAGAAAAGGAAUCUUCAGAAACAUCAAAGAAUUCACACAAGAGACAAACUUCACUGCUGUUCUGAAUGUGGCAAACAGUUUUCAAAGAGAAGCCGUCUUCUACGCCACCAAGUUAUUCACUCAGGAGAGAAGCCAUACGACUGUGCUGAAUGUGGUAAAAAGUUUUCAGAACGAGGCGUUCUUCAGCGCCACAAAAUAAUUCACACAGGGGAGAAGCCAUAUUGCUGCUCUGAAUGUGGUAAACAGUUUUCAGAUAGAAGCAAUUUUCAAUGCCACAAAAUAAUUCACACAGGGGAGAAGCCAUAUUACUGCUCUGAAUGUGGAAAACUAUUCUCUAAGAGUAGUACUUUUCAGAUGCACAUUAAAACUCACUCAGGAGAGAAGCCGUAUUGCUGCUCUGAAUGUGGUAAACAGUUUUUAAAGAGAAGCCAUCUUCAGAGCCACCAAAGAAUCCACACAGGGGAGAAGCCAUAUGCCUGUUCUGAAUGUGGUAAACGGUUUUCAGAUAGAAGCAGUUUUCGACGCCACAAAAUAAUUCACACAAGGGAGAAGCCAUAUUACUGCUCUGAAUGUGGAAAACUAUUCUCUAAUGGUAGUAAUUUUCAGAUACACAUUAAAACUCACUCAGGAGAGAAGCCGUAUUGCUGCUCUGAAUGUGGUAAAAAGUUUACACAGAAAAGGAAUCUUCAGAAACAUCAAAGAAUUCACACAAGAGAGAAAAAAAAUACAGAAAUCCCCUCACCUUGUCCACAGAUGAAUACAAUGCAAUGCUAAGCAACAGAAGAAAAAAUUCAAAAAGUUUGAUGAAAACAGAAAAGAUCUAAUUGGGGAAACUAUGAGUAAAGUGGUAAAUACACUGCCCUCCUCCAACAGCCUCAGGUGGAAUCAGGACUUACUCAUGCAUGGCUUAUGAGAGGCGAACUGAGACCAA